AAGCAUACUCAACUGCGUCAGCCAAUCAUGACCAUCAAAACAUGURAAAAGUAAACAGAGCCAAAUUCAAAUGCUCGUGCUCCACGAGGUUCGAUCUCUUUUGCAUCGCCUCACAUUGCUAGAAACACUUCGUUCGAAACACUUCAUUUUAUUUUAUAAAASAUGGCUCSUGGGCUUACAAAAGGUCAAAGGAAGCAAAAGGAGACGAUGCAGAGUGCUGUAUGUCGACAGAUUAUCCCUGAACCUGUAUUGGUUGGUCAGCAAGCGAGUAAUACUUCAUCUACAACUCCGCGAAGUGAUUCUACACCGCGUCCAAACACUUCAACUCCGCGUCCUUUUACUUCGACUCCACUUCAUAGUACUUCUAGUAGUCCACAGGAAAGUACUCUCGGAGAKUCUCCAACCAUACAAUUGCCAGAAACAUCGAUYGACCAGGAAACACCUAUCGCGCAGGAAACACCGCCUAGUUAUGUGGAGUUCAUGGAGGAACAGAGAUCGAUAAACCAGCGAUUUGUGACGAUGCUAGAGACGCUACAGUMGACUCUGCAGUCCAGUACGCCAGCUAGUCAAAAGAGGACCCGUUUACCAUUAAAACUGACGGAAGCUGUCAGAGGUGCCUACAAGUSCUUUGAGGAGGCAGCAGCAAAUGAGGAAGAGGGUGUGAACCUUUGGGAUUUCACUAAGAGCUUUUCAUCUCAAGAAAAUGGACAAGUCAAUCAUGACAUUCUAAGAAAUGUUCAAAGCACAGAAAAGCAGUAUUCAACUGCAGCUAUAAGAGCAUCAAUAAGAAUCUAUUUCAAAUCAAGGAAAAGAAAGUAUGUGACACAACAAAAGAACAAAACAAAAGAAUAUUUAAAGUCAUCAAGAGCUAGGAGUASAAUGAAUACUAAACGAUUACAACGUAAGAGAGUUCUCAUGGAUUCAACAUCCUUUACUGAAUCUGAGAAAGAAAGAUUGCUGYCAAUUUUGAAAAAUGAGUUUAUGUCAUCUGAUGAGUCUAUGUCAGAAGAAUCAGAUGACAAUGACAGCAUUGCAUCUGGUUCAGAUGAUGAGCACAUUGCACCGAAGAAAAAAGUCCUGAUUGUGAAGAGAUUGACUUGGAGGAGCCGGGAACUAAAUUCAGCACUAGAGAAAAUGGAUAGAAGAGUAUCCAGAAGGAGGACAACAAAGGGGAACUCAAUGGUUAUGAAGAGAAGGAAAGGUGCUCCAUCAUUACGAAGAGCACCUGAAGAUGCUCCAGGUUGGGCUUUGAACAAURACAAUUAAUUAUUGAUUGCUGUAAUUAGUUUAAUAGAAGAGUGUAUUUAAUACGCAUCAAUGAAUACAAACAUCCCUGCAGAUAAGCUCAUUUGGACCACUGCUACUGCACAUCCAUUGAGCUUGUAUAUAGUCUUUGAUAUACUUGUUUUUGGACCAGUGAUAUUAAGCUGAAACUGGUGUGAGUCAGGACAGUAUCAAUAACCCAAAUGAAUAGUGAAAAGUAUGGCCCAGAGAAAACAACAGGGAACCACCUUAAUCAAACUGAUACUAAUGUCUCAUUGCAAUGAUGUAAUAAAUGCACUCUACUUGAAUAUUUUUAUUUUAUGUAAAUAGCUUGAACUUAGGUACUCAAAUUCUGACAUUUUAAUAUAUAAUAAUAUAUCAAAAGUUGCUGUUAUUUGAAAGCACUAUGGUCUUGUGCUGUGAUUUUAUAAUUAACUUGUUUAAUGAAAAACUGAAUUAUAUGUGUAGAGAUUGCAAUUAUUUAUUUGUACCAAUAUCACUGGGGGCUGUGCUCACUUUUGAAAUGAUUACCUUAGUAUCUACAAGAUAAUUAYAAUGUUUCAAAUUUUGCCAAAAAUUAUUAUUCAUUUUUUAAAUAGUUUGAUAAAAUGUAAAUAGAGAUUUAGUAUUUUUAUAAUAUAUCUCAGCGAUGACUUUUUUAAAGAUGCAAAUA